AUUGAUUGUCUAAAGUCCGUCAAACCAAGUGUCAUCUAUGAUGUAUCUAAGCGGGGGUAUGAUAUGCGGCCUGUUUUGAAUGGAGACUUCAUCCCAGAUUCUCCAGAAACCUUGCUUGACAAAGGAAACUUCACAAAUCCCGAAAGUACUAUGAUAGGCGUGGCCAGCGAUGAUGGAUCGGCUGCGACGAAUGCCAUACCGGAACUAUCGAAUGGUUCAUUAAACAUCAGCAGCAUAACCAGAAAGCGCUUUCUUCAAGUUAUAGAAAACUGGUCUCCUCUUUUUAACCGCUUGUCCCAGACGUUUAAACGUUUCGUCAAAUUGUACAAGGAGGCUGUUAAUCAAGAAUACACUCCGUGGUCCAAUAUCAACAAAACACGUCAUAUCCGACGCAUGACUCUUGACCUUUUUAAAGACAGCGUUAUCAUUGCUCCAUCAAUUUACCACGCUAAUAAAUUUGUGAAAAACGGUGCAAAAGUGUUUUUCUAUCAAGUGGAUCAUGGUAUUGACAUGUCGGAAGGCUAUUUUACACAUCCAUCGUUCUUAAAGGGUUAUCAUCAAACAGAAAAGUUUAUGGUGUUUGGAUUUCCAUUGAAAGCCUCACACCCCCCACCAGCCGAUGUUGCAAUAUCCAAAAAAGUCAUAGAAAUGUGGUCAAACUUUGCAAAAACUGGAGAUCCUUACCCGUAUGAUACACAGAGUGAAGAGUCCUGGCCUGAAUACGAUCUAAACUCGAAAAAAUAUUUGUCAAUUGAACCCAAUUUGAAAGUGAAAAGCAACCUGCGACCUCGUCAAAUGGCAUUUUGGAAUGAUUUUAUCCCUUUUUUGAAUAAGACCUCCUACGAAUCAUGUGUUACCAACUUUACCAAGUCUAACAUCAGCGAUUCUGACAGUCUAUUCCUUUCCUAGGUCUAUUCUAAGGGAUCUUGUCAACAUAAAUCAAACAAUAAAAUCUUAAUG